ACUCUUCUCUGCACCUGAGCUGAACCAGUGGGGACCUCUUUUAUGCUGUUUUUUUCCUGCUUCGAUUUACAGUCUCCUCCAGUGACAAAUCUGCCAGAUCUGAAGCACACAGAAAAUGUGCUCUCUUGGAGCUCUGUCCUUAUUGGCCCGUGAAAAUGCAAAGGGGUACCUCAUGCAAAGAUGUCAAAUGUGCUGCCGUUUGUCUUGCUCUUCCCAUUUCCGAUGCUGCUGUCAGGAACUUGGUUUCCCAAAAGUUUACCCUGUGAUGUUAAUACCUUCGAAGGUACUGUGACAGUGGACUGCACCAAUCGGCGUCUCCUGGAAGUCCCCAGAGGAAUCCCUGCAAAUGCUACCAACCUUACCUUAAGUAUUAACCACAUCCCCCAUAUCAAUCCGGCAUCCUUUGCCCAUCUUGUAAACCUUGUGGAGAUUGACUUCAGGUGCAACUGUGUGCCUGUCAGAAUGGGGCCCAAAGACCAUGUGUGCACCAAACACCCGAAGAUCGAGAAUGGCAGUUUUGCUGCCCUGACCAGAUUGAAGUCAUUGUAUUUGGAUGCAAACCAGCUGUGGGAAAUACCCUGGGGUCUUCCUACUACUUUAAGUCUGCUGAGCCUGGAAGCAAACCAUAUCUCUUCUAUCCAAAAAGCCAAUUUGUCAGAGCUAGGAAACAUAGAAGUGUUGUAUCUGGGACAGAACUGUUACUACCGUAAUCCAUGCAAUGUUUCAUUUGAAAUUGAAAAAACAGCCUUUCUGGAGCUGAAAAAAUUAACAAUACUAUCCCUGAAGUCUAACAACUUAACUCAUAUUCCUCCCAAUUUGCCAUCUACAUUAAAGGAAUUAUAUAUUUACAAUAACAAGAUUCAAGUGAUUCAAGAACAUGACUUGAGUACCCUUCACAACCUAGAAAUUCUUGAUUUAAGUGGUAACUGCCCACGCUGCUAUAAUGCCCCAUAUCCUUGUAUUCCCUGCCCCAAGAGCACAAUUGAGAUACAUUCAAAGGCCUUUUAUUCCUUGAAAAAUUUAAGAACUUUGCGACUUCACAGUAACUCUAUUCAGAGCAUACCCAGUAGCUGGUUUAAAAACUUAAGGAAUCUCAAACAGCUUGACCUCUCCCAAAAUUUCCUCAUAAAGGAGAUUGGAGAUGCUCAGUUUCUGAAGUUUAUCCCCAGCCUUGUAGAGCUUGACCUGUCCUUUAAUUUUGAACUGAAGACGUAUUCUCCAACCUUGAAUUUGUCUAAGUAUUUUUCUUCCCUCUCUAACCUGGAAACUCUGAGGCUCAGGGGUUAUGUCUUCAAAGAACUGAGAGAAGGAAAUCUAGAUCCAUUGCUCAGUCUUAGAAAUCUAACAGUUUUGGAUCUUGGGACUAAUUUUAUUAAAGUUGCUGACCUGAGUGUGUUCAAAAAAUUCCCAUCUCUUAAACUCAUAGACCUCUCAGUGAAUAAAAUUUCUCCUUCUUCAGGUGAAAGCAACUUUUAUGGGUUUUGCUCUAAUCCUAGGAUUUCAGUAGAGCAAUACAACAGGCAAGUAUUAGAGGAAAUGCAUUAUUUCAAGUACGAUGAGUACGGGCGAAGUUGCAGGUCCAAAGACAAAGAGGCUGCUUCCUACGAAUCUUCAGUCAAAAAAGACUGCCUGAAAUAUGGAGAAACUCUGGAUUUAAGCAGAAACAACGUAUUUUUUAUUAACCCCUUAGACUUCCAGGGCCUUAGUUACCUCCGAUGCCUCAACUUGUCAGGUAAUGCAAUAAGUCAGACUUUAAAUGGAAGUGAAUUCUCCUACUUGUCUGGAUUAAAAUACCUGGAUUUUUCUAACAACAGGAUUGACUUGCUAUACUCAACUGCUUUCAAGGAGUUAAAACUUCUAGAAAUUCUAGACUUAAGCAAUAACAAACAUUAUUUUCUGGCAGAAGGUGUCACUCACAUGCUUAGUUUUAUGAAAAACUUGGCCCAUCUGAAGAAGCUGAUGAUGAAUGAGAAUGAAAUUUCUACCUCUACUAACACAGGAAUGGAAAGUCAGUCUCUUCAAAUUCUAGAAUUCAGAGGAAAUCGUUUAGAUGUUUUAUGGAUGGAUGGGAAUGCUAGAUACUUGUCAUUCUUCAAGAACCUGACUGGCCUGGAAGAACUGGAUAUUUCCUUCAACUCUCUUAGUUUUUUGCCUUAUGGUGUUUUUGAAGCUAUGCCUCCAGAACUCAAAAUCCUCAAUUUAACUAACAACCGGAUGAAGAGUUUCAAAUGGGAAAACCUGCACCAUCUGAAAAAACUAGAAACUCUGGACCUCAGUAAUAACCUUCUGGCUACUGUUCCCCAAGAACUGUCCAAUUGCUCUUCAACAGUCCAAAACCUGAUUCUCCGAAACAAUCACAUUCAACGGCUGAGCAAACAUUUUCUCAGAGGUGCCUUUAAAUUGAAAUACUUGGACCUCAGCUCAAACAAGAUCCAAAUAAUUAAGAAAUCUAGCUUCCCUGAAAAUGUCAUUAACAACCUGAAGAUGCUGCUGUUGCAUGGCAAUCCUUUCAAGUGUAACUGUGAUGCUGUGUGGUUUGUUUGGUGGAUCAAUCAGACUCAUGUGACUAUUCCUCUUCUGGCCACAGAUGUGACCUGUGCUGGCCCAGGAGCACAUAAAGGAAAGAGCGUCGUUUUCUUGGAUCUGUAUACCUGUGAGCUGGACACCUCAUAUUUGAUCCUGUAUGCUCUGUCAGCUUCAACUGUCCUAGGCUUUAUGGUGUUCACAGUGAUGAGCCAUCUCUAUUUCUGGGAUGUGUGGUAUAGUUAUCAUUACUGCACUGCCAAGUGGAAGGGCUAUCGCCAUUUACCUUCACCAGAUGCUUGCUAUGAUGCCUUUAUUGCCUAUGACAAUGAAGAUCCAGCUGUGAAUGAAUGGGUGAUGGAAGAACUGGUUGAAAGGCUGGAAGAUCAAAGAGCCAGACAGUUCAACUUAUGCCUAGAAGGAAGGGACUGGCUCCCAGGACAGCCAGUCUUUGACAACCUUUCCCAGAGCAUUCAGCUGAGCAAAAAGACCAUAUUUGUACUGACCAACAAGUAUAUUAAAAGCGGCAACUUCAAGACAACAUUUUACAUGGCCCACCAGCGGCUUCUAGAUGAAAAAAUAGAUGUCAUUAUCUUGAUAUUUCUUGAGAAGGUUUUGCAGAAGUCCAGGUAUGUUCGUCUGAGGAAGAGGCUGUGCAGAAGUUCUGUCCUGGAAUGGCCAACUAACCCUAGAUCUCAGCCCUACUUCUGGCAGUGCCUGAAAAAUGCAAUAGCUAUGAACAAUACCCUGGCUUACAACAAGCUUCUCCAGGAAACUGUUUAGCUCUGCCCUUCCCUGUAAAUAUUAUUAUGAUGCAUGAUGAGAAAAAUAUCCUAAACUUCAUUUGGAGAAGCUAUCAAAGUGUAGAGGAUAAAUGUUAAUUGUGAUAUUGUACCCCAAAAAGAAACGCACAAUUAGUCCCAAAUGAUAGUUCACUUGUUUUGCUAUGACAAGACAGAACAGAAACUGUUGCCAGCAUGGAUGUUUAGCUGAUAUUCACCCUGCUUGGCACUGACUGCUGCACAACAAGAGAAGAUGCACUACCUACUGGAAGUCCCUGGUUUAGAACAGAAUCACCACUUCCAAAUUUCAGUUCACUGGAGGCCUCCAGCACGACCUGUGGUUGGGUCAGAUGUGGGUGAGACACUUGCUCAGCUUAUCCUAGUACACAGAUUGCCAGGAGGAGUUAGGCUGUGCCUGAAGCUGCUGCUGUUCAGAUCUCUGUUGGAGUAAAUUUAGUUUUAACAGAAAAUUAUA